AUGACGAUACAGGCGAAUGAGGGAGCUCAAGUACCUUCCGAGAAGAGCCUAAACAGGCAACGGAGGAAGAUCGAGAAAGACAAGCGGAAAAAGCUUUACUCCGAUAUCAUGAUCCAAGGAACUAACGAUUACUCAAUAGUGUCCAAAAGAUCGGUGGAAAUGCUGUAUAAACCAGUCUUGAGUGGUAGCGAGGACAAGCCUACUGAGUACUUUAAGCAUGUGGUAAAGAAACCACAAAGAAGGUCCCCAGCAAUCAACAGAGGCUAUUGGUUGAGAAUGCACUCUAUCAAAGAAUCACUAAGAUCUAUCAUGAAUCAAUCGACUUCUGAAACCGUUAUAAUAAUUAAUUUGGGUGCUGGUUAUGACGUGUUACCUUUUGAGCUACUUGAGAAUGAGAAGACGAACAUUUUUUGCAUAGACGUUGAUUAUCCAGACUUGAUAUCCAAGAAAAUAUCAUUAAUCAGAGGCUCUUCGGAGUUGAGACACAUUAUUAACGAGAAAAGUGAAAGUCCCAUUCCCAAACAUGGAAUCAUGUUGAAGACCGAUAACUAUGCCGCAGUAGGCUGUGACAUGAAUGAUCUACCCUUAUUUGAGCAGCUGAUGACAGAACUGAACCUCGGCAGAGAUGAUGUUUGUAGUGUAUUCAUCGCCGAAGUUUCGUUGGCCUAUAUGAAACCAAAUUGCGCAAAUCCUAUAAUUCAAGAAACUAGUAAGUUUCCAAAUUCCCACUUCUUGUUGUUAGAGCAAUUGCUACCUGCUGGCGAACGACAUCCGUUCAGUAGGACGAUGCUUUAUCAUUUUAGUCGUCUGGAUAGUCCUUUACAGUGUGUUCAAACCUAUCCUACGAUUGAAAAACAAUGUGAAAGAAUCACUAGUCUUGGUUUCAACAAUGUUGAAGCUAGGGACCUGUUUCAUUUUUGGAAGGAUUUAAGUGCUGAUAUCAAGGGUAAAAUCGCAUCCGUUGAGGCAUUCGAUGAAUGGGAAGAAUUCGUCAUGUAUGCACAGCAUUAUAUUGUCCUUCAUGCUACAAAUUCGAACGUACAGGUUUACCAAGACACUGAGGACGAGAAGGAGGGAACUGAAAGUACAGAAUUCGUUGAAACAAAGUUAAUAACAAUCGAAGGCCCGGAACUAAUUCAAAGGAAGUUUGCAGCCUGCCAAAGUUUUGAAGGAGAUAUAGUCCUUCACGGGGGAUUAGACAUAACACGAAGUAAUACUACCGUGGUCAUUAAAGGUAACUGUGCAACUGAAAUAACGCAUAACGAUCCACUGUCAAAAUUAAUGUGCCAAUCAUUAACCAAUCAUAAUGGUAAACUGCAUUUAUCCGGUGGAAGAAGCGCUCCAGGUAAACCAACAACGGAAUGUUGGUCCAUUGGAAAAUUACAGGAGAAACUACCUGACCUAUUGGAACCACGAUCUAGGCAUUGCGCUGUUAGCACUGAAAAUGGGUUACUACUAUUUGGGGGAUGCAAUGGUGAUGCGUUCUCGUUACUAUCAGACGUUAACCUUCCUGCGACCUGGAAAAAUAUAUCGUCUAGCAUGCCUAACCUCGAAGCUGCUGCUAUGUGCUAUCAUGAUGGACUAGGACUCAUUGCAGGAGGAAUGCUCAAGUCGGGUACGAUUAAUGGUACUGUCUAUUCAUUCUACGUUCAAGGCGAUACUGUCAUAUCAAAACCAAUUUUCCAACAUAAACUAUUAGCCAGAUAUGGGAGCAAAGUAGUUCAUCUGAAAGGACCUGAAUACAUUUUUAUUGGGGGAGUUUCAUUCCAUCAAUUGUUCAAUCAAGAGAAUUGGUUAGUCAAAUUCAACAUAGAUACCAAGACAGUAAUCCCACUGAAGAUCUCAGAUGACGACUGGAAAAACUUCCCCAUGUUGGUGGGCUUCAACGCAACCAUUGAUGAAACAUCCAAAAUCACUUGUAUCGGUGGUGGAGCAGUUUGCUUUGCCUUUGGGUCUGUCUCCAAUCCUCAAUUAUUGACCAUAGUACAUUCAAGUACUUAA